UCGUCGAUAAAAAUAUUAAUGAAUUGUUCAAAUGAAUAGUGUAUAUGUAAUAAAUAAUUUUAAAACAAUUUAAAAAGCUUUAAUCAUUGACUUAUAAUUUAAAAGAUUUAUGAUUUACUUGGCUUGUUUACCAUUAACAGAAGCCUGUAUAUUGGACUAACCCUAACUUGUGUGUUUACAAUUUUUUAAUAUGAAUGAUGAAUUUUACAAUGCAAUUAAACGAAUCAAGAAACAGAAGUUGGUGCAGCAAAAUCCCAAAGAGGACAAAUUUGUCGAGAUGUAUUUGGUUGAGUGGAAGGACGGCUCGAAAGAUUCAUGGGUGCCAUCCAUUAACAUAACAUUUCCAAUUCUUCGACAAUUCAAAAUGGAACAGAAACAAAUGUGGAAGGACUACGAAAUGAACCAGUUGGAGCCACUUCAAAGGAAAUUCUAUACGAAAAUGUUACUGGAAGAGGACUCAGUUGAUAGGGAACUUCGAGAGCAGUUCGAUGAACUGUGUCGAACUAGUCCUGUGCCUUUGGCGUUCGAGAGACGGUUGCCUGUAAGAAAAAUUAUAAACGCCUUCGAAUAUAGAGGCAAAAUUAUGUACGUUGUGGCGUGGAAACACAUAAACAAAGUGGAUAUAAUCCCGGCCAAAUUGUGCAACGUAAAAAUCCCGCAGUACGUGAUCAGAUAUUUGGAAAGCAAGCUUUGGAUUGUGAAUAUGCACGGUGAAACGAUUCGGUGGGCUGAAGAUGAAGAUGAAGAUUUUGAAUGGAAAACCGCCCCGCCGGAAAUAAUUGAGAAACAAAAAAUCGAUUAUAGUCCCCUAGUAAGUUUUGAAGAAACGUAUCACUCAGAUGAGGAUAGCAUUUCUGAGGAUGCCGCACAUUCAGAUCAUUUUAAUGAUGAUGAUAGUGAAAGUCCUGAUGAUGAAGUGCAUGAAUAAGAUUUUAUUACACAUACACCAAUGAACAAUUGCAUUAACUACUUUUAUAAGUAGCAAAAUUAUUGUGUGUACUUUUGAAUUUUAUAAGUAACAAUUUUAUUAUAAACAGACCCUGAGUCAUUAUGAUGAAGUUCAUGAAUAAGAUCAAGAUUUUAUUACACAUACACCAGUAAAUUAUUUAAUUGGCACUUGUAUACUAUUAUAAGCUGCAAAUUUAUUGUGUGUACUUUUAAAUUUUAUAUUAUUAUUUUAUUUAAGUAAUAAAUUUGUUUUAAAUGGUCUUUGAACCAUAAUGAUGAAUUUUAUGAAUAAGUUUAAGAUUUUAUCACACUUACAUCAGUAAAUUAUUGAAUUAGGACUUUCAUAAACUUCAAAGCUGUGAUGAUGAAGUUCAUUAAUAUUUUAUUACACACAGUAAAAUAUUGUAUUGGCACUUAUAUACUAUUAUAAGCUGUAAAUUAAUUUUGGGUACUUUUAAAUUUCAUAUUCUUUCUUUAUUUAAGUAAUAAUUUUUUUACAAACAAACUGAGCUGUGAUGAUGAAGUUCAUGCACAAGAUUAAUAUUUUAAUACACACCGUAAAUUAUUGUAUUGGCACUUAUAUAGUAUUAUAAGCUGCACAUUUAUCGUGUGUACUUUUAAAUUUUAUAUUAGUUCUUUAUUUAAGUAAUAAAUUUGUUUUAAACAGUCUUUGAGCAAUGAUAAUGAAGUUCAUGAAUAAGAUUAAGGUUUUAUUACACAUAUACCAGUACUUAGUUGAAUUGGCCCUUAUAUACUAUUAUAAGUAGCAAAUUUAUUGUGUGCACUUUUAAAUUUUAUAAGUAACAAAUUUAUUUAUUAUAAACAGACCUUCAGUCAUGAUGAUAGGUUCAAAAUCAAGAUUUUAUUAUACAAGAUUAAAAUUAUAUUACACAUACACCAGUAAAUUAUUGAAUUCACAAAUUUAUUGUGUACUUCAAAUAAGACAUACAAAUGUAUAUAAAAUUUUAAUCAUUCAUUAACUUCAUCAUUAUAACUCAAAGUCUGUUUGAAACAAAUUUAUUACUUAAAGAAUUAAUAUACCAAAUAUACCAAUAAAAUUGGUAUUUAUAUUCUGUUAUAUUUUAUGUAAAUUAUAAGUAUUAUAUAAGCACA